AGAAGAAACAGAAGACACCAUCGGAGAUCAGACCAUCACCAAGCGCGAUGAACUGAGACAGUAGCAAGCGACGAACCCCUGAUCCGGAAUUCCAAAACCCUCGUCUCCCGGUCUCCCCACCGCAGCCGCUGUCCGGCGCCGCGGCGCCCCGGCCGGCGAGAUGAGGAGCCCCUUCCGGCUACCCGCCGCCCCCUUCGUAUCCGCGCUCGUCCUCCUCAUGCUCGCUCUGGUUCCGUCCCCGGAGGCGGCCGAGACCACCACACCGGGGACCCGGACGCGCAAGCUCGGCCCCGGCGGCUCUUCCUCGGUGUUCUCGCUCUUCAACCUCAAGCCCCAGAGCAAGUUCUGGACGGAAUCGGUCAUGCGGACAGAGUUCGAUGACCUGGUGGGCUCGAAGUCAAGGGACUCCAUCAACGUGGGGCUUCUGAACUUCACAAGAGCUGGUAAUGUUGCAAACUAUAUGAACCUGGCGGAAGUUGAUUCGAUAUAUUUUUCAAUCCCUGUGAACUUCAUCUUUAUGGGAUUUGAUGGCAAAGGGGGCCAUGAGUUUAAGUUGGGACCUGAAGAACUGGAGCGCUGGUUUACAAAAAUCGAUCACAUAUUUGAGCAUACGAGAAUCCCUCCAGUUGGAGAAGUUCUUAGCCCGUUCUAUAAGACUACCGUUAAGAGACUAAAGAAAUAUGAUCUUCCUUUAGUCAGCCACAUAAAUCACAAUUUUUCUGUGCAUGCAAUACACAUGGGAGAAGAUAUCAUGUCUGUCUUUGAACAUGCUGUAAAAGUUCUAUCACGCAGAGAAGAUCUCACAGAUCCCAGUGAAAGUGGGGCAAUUUGGCAAGUGGACAGUGAUCAAAUGGAGCAUGUAUUUUCAACACUUGUCGAUCACCUUCAGAUACAAGAAGCAUACAACAUAUUCAUUCUUAACCCCAAGCCUAUUGAAAAGGGUACUCAGUAUGGUUAUCGGAAGGGCUUCUCCGAGUCCGAAAUCAACUUACUGAGGGAGAAUAAGACCCUGCAAGCUCGGAUACUCCAAUCUAAAAGGGACCCAAAACUCUAUUUUGAUAUAGAGAAGGGAGCCAACAAAAGGCCCUUGUAUGAAAAUCAUCCCCUGUCGUCAUUUUCAUGGACCACAACUGACAAUGUGGAUAUGGGUGAUUGGUCAAAACAGUGCAAGGAAGCCUUAAGCGGUUUUGAACUGUUAAAGGCAGGAAAGAGUAAAGAGGACAUUAUUUAUGACAAAGCUGUUCAGAUAUUACAUGGUGCAAAAGAUGAGCUGCAUGAUGUUCUAGAGAGCGCACUAAUAUCCAGUGAUUUGAAGGGUUUGCAUGCUGAAUGCCUUACAGAUAUAUGGGUUGGCAGAAACAGGUUUGCUUUUGUUGAUCUUACUGCCGGACCAUUUUCCUGGGGCCCUGCUGUCGGUGGGGAUGGUGUUCGUACAGAACUUACUCUGCCAAAUGUGGCAAAAACUGUUGGAGCUGUUGCAGAAAUCACAGAGGAAGAGGCUGAGGAAAAUCUACAAGAUACAAUCAGAGAAAGAUUUUCUUCUGUUGGCGAGGAUUACCAUGCCGUGGAUAUCCUAUUGGCAGAGAUUGAUGUAUAUGAACUUUUUGCUUUCAAGCAUUGCAUGAAAAGAAAGAUACAACUUGCCCUUUGCAAAGAACUCGAUCAGAGAAUGCACGAGCUGAAAAAUGAACUCGAGGGAUACCAUAGUGGAGAUUCUGAAGAAAUUAAUAAGAAGAAAGCUCUUGAUGCAUUGAAGAGGAUGGAAAAAUGGAACUUGUUUAAAGAUACCUCUGAGGAACAUCAUAGUUACACAGUGGCUCGUGAUUCAUUUCUUGCACACUUAGGGUCAACAUUAUGGGGCUCUAUGAGGCAUGUAAUUGCUCCAUCUGUUUCUCACAGAGCAUACCAUUACUAUGAGAAGCUAUCAUUUCAGUUGUACUUCGUCACACAAGAGAAAGUCAGGAACAUAAAGCAGUUGCCCAUUAAUGUAAAAUCCAUCAGGGAUGGCCUUAGUUCUUUGUUGUUACCGUCUCAGAAGUCAAUGUUUACCCAACACAUGCUGUCAUUGUCAGAGGAACCAGCAUUGAUGAUGGCAUUUUCUAUGGCUCGUCGUGCAGCCGCGGUUCCACUUCUAUUGGUCAAUGGUACCUAUAGGUCCACAGUCCGUACAUACCUCGAUUCUGCUAUUCUCCAGCACCAGUUACAGAAGUUAAGUGAGCAAACUGCACUUAAAGGAGAACAUACAAAUCACAGGUCAACAUUGGAGGUUCCAGUAUUCUGGUUCAUACAUAGCGAAUCCCUAUUACUGGAUAAACAUUACCAAGCUAAGGCUCUUCCAAACAUGGUCGUCGUGGUUCAGUCAGAUGUCGAUUCUUGGGAAAGCCACAUACAAUGCAAUGGGAGGUCAAUCUUGUGGGAUCUGAGGAAACCAGUUAAGGCGGCUAUUGCUGCAUCUGCUGAAUAUGUAUCUGGUUUACUUCCUUCGCAUCUGGCUUAUAGCUCAGCUCAUGAAACUGCAUCAGAGGACUGGACAUGGUCUGUGGGUUGUAACCCCUUAUCUAUUAGUUCUAAAGGUUGGCGACUUUCAGAAUUUCAGCAAGAUGUGAUUGCUCGGAACUAUAUUAUUACUGGAGUGGAGGAAUCCAUACGAGUGGUCAAUUCAGCAAUUCAACGAUUGAUAACAGAGAGGACAUCUGAACAAUGCUUUAAAAUUUUCAAGACCAAGGAGAGCGUGAUGGUUGAAAAGUACAAUUCUGUUGUUAACAUGUGGAGAAGGGUUGCCUUUAUGUCUAAAGGGUUGCGGUAUGGUGAUGCGGUAAAGCUCAUGUCGUCGCUCGAGGAUGCUUCUAAUGGAUUUUCUCAUGCUGUGAACUCAACCAUCUCAAGUCUACACCCUGCAAAAUGUGCUCGUCAAAGGAAAAUUGACGUACAGCUAGACAUGACAACCAUCCCUGCUUUUAUAGUUGUUUUUGGGUUGCUUUGGUUUCUUUUGCGACCAAGGAGGCCAAAGCCCAAGAUCAACUGAGCAUAGUAAUUUUCAACUUGGGUACACAGUUUGACAUGAUCCUUGUAGAUGCUUGCCCCAUGGGUGAUAGCUUAUGUGGAGGUCUAAAAGGGCUACAAGACAGACUCAAGCAACGCUAGAUGAGCGAGCAGCACACAGUGGUUCAAUCCUCCUUGGUCACACUCUCUAUUUAGAUGACGAGGGGGCUUGCGGGCCCUUCAUUUUAGAAGAGCUGACAUGGAAAGGGUGUAAACAUGCACUGGAUGAUGCAUACAUUUUUGGGCCUAAUUUUGUUGCGUGGUUAACAGAAUCCAUCUUACCCAAACCUGAACUAGGGUUUCAUUUUACCCUGAGUCCUUGAGCAUGAUACAUAUGUGCACUCUCCUUGGAUGUUCUUGAUAAAGCUUAUUUAUACUGGAGAAAAGUAUCUUAAUGCAGUCAGUGUGCAUGUUCAUAUUA